CUUUUGAUUUAAGAAUCAUUUGUCUUUUCUGGGGGAUGUCAUAAAAAGGAAGGGGGGCAGAGGAUGAAGUGCAGCUAGUACAUUUGAGGCGGGCUCUUUCCUCUUUCUUUUUGGCUAAAGUCUGCGCGCAGGCAAGCUCAAACGGAGCGAGGGAGCGAACGAGAGCACACAGCGCACAGACCAGACGCAAGGUGGAGAGGGAGAAAGACGCACAGAUUUCCAGUGGCACUCUGCCUGGAUGCGUGCAAAAAAGACUGAAUGACAAGAGAGGAUGGUUAGAAGGAGAAUCAGUUGAUUACAUGGGACCUAGCAGAAUUUAAACCAUCCUUGAUUAUUGCAUGUUUUUACGGAGAAAGCGAUGCAGCCGCUGAUUGAGCGAGCAGAGCACUUCGUAAGUUAGAGCUGGCACGGGUAAUUUUUUGCAGCCAUUUUUGCAACUGGACAAACCAGUAAAAAUGACGGGACUCUUUCUAACAAGAAUGUUGAGAGUUGUCAUGUUUUUUCUGCUUGCGGCGCAGCACGUUACCAGCAAGACGCUGAAGUAUCAGAUUUUUGAGGAGCAGAAGGUUGGCACUGUAAUCGCCCGCUUGAGAGACGAUGUCGCGGAUGUUUUGGCAAAACUUCCCAGCUCGGUGUCCCUGCGCUUCAGAGCGAUGCCGCGGGGAAGCUCCUCAUUCCUUGCCGUGCGUGAGCAGGACGGGGAGAUCAGCAUCAAAACUAAAAUCGACCGUGAGAAACUCUGCGAGAAGAACCUGAACUGUUCCAUCCAGUUCGACGUUCUGACGCUCCCCACCGAACACCUCCAGCUGUUUCACGUCGAGGUAGAAGUGCUGGACAUCAACGACAACACGCCGCAGUUUGCCCGAACCCUCAUCCCCAUAGAGAUUUCAGAAAGCGCGGCCAUCGGAGCGCGCAUCCCCCUGGACAGCGCCACGGACCCCGAUGUGGGUGAGAAUUCAUUAUAUACGUACGCACUAGAGCCAAACAACAACUUCAAGAUAGACGUGCAGUCCAGGAGCGACGGGGUUAAGUACGCUGAGCUGGUGGUGCUCAAGGAGCUCGAUCGGGAGGUGCGCUCCAGUUACGAACUUCAGUACACAGCCUCUGACAGGGGCGUUCCCCCGAGAACGGGAUCGACCCUCCUCAGAAUCAAUAUUGCUGACUCCAAUGACAAUAGUCCUGUUUUUGAGAAGUCCUCCUAUGUUAUUAAUCUACCUGAAAACUCACCUGUUGGCACCCUGCUCAUUGACUUGAACGCCACUGAUGCAGAUGACGGCACAAACGCCAAAAUUGCAUACUCAUUUAGCUAUCACGUGUCUCCAAAAAUUAUAGAAACGUUCAAAAUUAACACCGACAGUGGUCACCUGACCCUCAUCAAGCGUGUGGACUAUGAGACAGUAAAUUCCUAUGACAUUGAUGUGCAAGCUCAAGACCUGGGUCCAAACUCCAUGCCUGCUCACUGCAAGAUCUUGAUUAAAGUGGUAGAUGUGAAUGACAACAAACCAGACAUCAGGAUCAAUUUCCCCUCUCAGGGGAAUGGAGAUGCUGCUUAUGUAUCUGAGGCAUCUCCACUGGACACAUUUGUUGCUUUAGUAAGAGUGGAGGACUUAGACUCUGGGUUAAAUGGAGAAGUUGAGUGUAAACUUCAUGGUCAGGGUUACUUCAAACUGCAAAAGACAUAUGUGAACAAUUACAUGAUUCUGACCAAUGUGUCCUUGGACAGAGAGAAGAGGUCAGAGUUCAGCUUGACUGUAGUGGCUGAGGACCAGGGUACCCCCAGUCUCUCCACUGUGAAACACUUCACAGUGCAUGUUACAGACGAAAAUGACAACCCACCACGUUUUGAGAAGGGACGAUAUGAGAUCUUCAAAUCAGAAAACAAUGCCCCCGGAGCGUACCUUACAUCUAUUAUGGCUACUGAUCCUGACCUGGAUGCCAAUGGACAGGUAAGCUACUCUAUCCUGGAAAACUCAAUUCAUGGAAGUUCCAUUUCUACCUACGUCACCAUAGACCCGUCUAAUGGCGCCAUCUAUGCUCUACGCACAUUUGAUCGGGAGGAUGUGAGUAGUAUCUCUUUUGUUGUGCAAGCCAAAGACACGGGUAAACCGCCACUGACCAGCAACGCUACUGUUGUUCUGAACAUUCUGGAUGAAAAUGACAACCCCCCAGUCGUUGUGGUUCCACAGCUGUGGAAUUUUACGGCAGACAUUCCUGUAUCAAAGUUUGCAGAGGCUGGGCAUACAGUGACAGUGGUUAGAGCGACUGAUCGCGACACAGGGGUCAAUGCUGAGCUCAUCUGUUCUAUUGUCAGUGGCAACGAAGAAGGAUUUUUUGUUAUUGAACCAAGAACAUGCGAGAUCCAAGCCAAUGCUAGUCUGGAGCAUUUCCCCCACGAGCAUGCUGAGCUUAUUGUAGUGGUCAGAGAUCAGGGAAGUGAAAGUCUUAGUGCUAAGGCAGUUUUAAAAAUAAACCUCUGUGAGAAUAAGGAGAACCAUGUGCAGCCAAUGGAUCAGGGGGAGUCCUCAAUCAGUUGGUCGCUGAUGAUCAUAAUCAUGCUUGUGGUCAUCUGUGUCGUGCUCCUUUUCAUCAUGGUGGCCUUUGCGAUCCACCGUAAUAGGGAUAAGAAGGACACAAGGCACUCUUAUAACUGCCGGGUGGCAGAGUCCACCCACCAGCACCACCCAAAGAAGCCUUCACGACAAAUCCACAAAGGGGACAUCACCCUGGUGCCCACAGUGAACGGCACCCUCCCCAUCAGGGCCCACCACCACUCACCGUCGGCCACACCUCCAAUGGACCGAGCCCAGAUGGGGGUUCCUCAGAACCUCCAUAGCCACCAAUACCUCAACAGCUUGGUGACCAUCUCGUCCAACCACAUCCCAGAGAACUUUGCACUGGAAAUGGCACACUCGACUCCACCGGUUGAGCAAGUCUCACAGCUUCUGUCCAUGCUCCAUCAGGGCCAGUACCAGCCCAGACCCAGUUUCCGUGGCAACAAAUACUCCCGCAGCUACAGGUACGCGUUACAGGACAUGGACAAGUUCAGCCUGAAGGACAGUGGCCGUGGGGACAGUGAGGCGGGGGACAGUGACUGUGAAAUGGGGCGGGAAUCCCCUGUGGAUAGGCUGCUGCUGGGGGAGGGGUUUUCUGAUAUGAUGCACCUCGAAAUGCAUCACCGACUCCACCCAGCUAUGAGACUGUGCACGGAUGAAUGCCGUAUCUUGGGACACUCUGACCAGUGCUGGAUGCCUCCCAUCUCCUCACCUACUUCAUCUGCAGACUACCGGAACAAUAUGUACAUCCCUGGGGAAGAGUCCUCCCAGCCUCCCCAGCUAGAUGAUGAUGAGUCUUCAGUUGACUCAGAGAAUCGUAAGAGUUUCUCCACAUUUGGCAAGGAGUCUGGAAGUGAAGAGCUGGGGGCCAUUGGAGGAGGAGGCGAUGCAGUUGUGGGAGGGGCUGGAUCCCUCCUCACAGAGAUGAACUCUGUAUUCCAGCGACUCUUACCCCCCAACAUAGACUCCUACACUGAGUGCACUGAAAUGAGCUCGCCCUCAUCCUCAUCGACCACAGAGAGGGCAAGCACUCGUGGUGGCAACAUCACAGGUAACAAUAGUAACAACGCUGCUGCACAGGACAGCCGCAGAGGAUUGCUUCCUGGUGGUAAAGGUCCUGCUUACCCCCCAGGCGUAGCUGCAUGGGCUGCCAAUACACACUAUUUAAAUCCAGGGAACGCAUCUGUUGGGAAUAACAAUGUUUCCUCCUCUUCCUCCUCACCCUCAACCUCCACCAAUGGACAACCACCACACCUCAAAUGGCUGCCAGCCAUGGAGGAAAUCCCGGAGAAUUACGAGGAGGAUGACUUUGACAGCGUAUUCCAUCAGGGUCACCAGAGCGGCAAGCGCAGUGAGAGCCGCCACGAGGCCGGCAUGGAUGCUAGUGAGCUGGCCCAGGAGAUCAACAAACUGCUGCAAGACGUUAGACAGAACUAGAUGGGCAAAACAGAGGAGGGAUGACAGGAUUUCACUGUGUGAUGCGUGAAAACAUUUCACCACAUUAUGGUACAUUCUUGUUUAUUGUGCCAAGCAAAAACUGUUAAAUUACAGGUUUCACUGACAGCUUGUUAGCUGCUUGUUUAUAUUAACAAAUGUCCUCAUUGCCUCAGUGUUGAAGAAUACAUACAGAAAAAGUAAAGCUAUGACAUUUUGAGGCAUCAAAAGCAUGAACUUAAUGAACAGAUUGUUGAAAGUUGCUUCAUUGAGUGUUUCUUGAUGGAAAUUCAUUGAAAAGAUUUUUUUAUUCCUUUGAAAUGUUUACAGCAAUGUGAACAGACUUUGAGAAACCAAGUGUUGUGUGAACAAAGUUUUUGAUUCUACAUUAUACAAUAUUGUAUAGUGUGUCUGUGGAAAAAGGCAAACUUACUUGACUAUUGUGCCAUGUCUUCUGUUUGUUAUCAUAGAAUGUAACUGUACAAUUUGACCUUUGUAUUUUAAAAAUACACUCUUUUUUUACUUCUAUAUAUUUAUAUGUGUCGAUGUAUGUAUGUACAGAAAAACAACACAAAUGUCUAUUUUUUAUAUUUGUCACUGCAUGUUAUAUCUUUUAAUGUGUCCCUGUAACAUUUGCCCUCUUGAUUUUGUAAGAUAAAGUUGUAUUUUUUGUUCUUGAAUGUGUGUGUGUGUGUGUGUGUGUGUGUGUGUGUGUGUGUGUGUGUGUGUGUGUGUGUGUGUGUGUGUGUGUGUGUUAGAGAGAGAGAGAGAGAGAGCGUGAAUAUUAAAGUCUUUAUUAUUCAAUGCAGUUCCACGUUGGAAGUGAUUUUGUAUGGUAACAUUGUGACCUAUAAAUAAAGUGGAGGGGACUUAUAACACAG